AUGAAGGCGUCUAUGUUCCUCCUCGGCGCUAGCGCCAUCUUGGCUUCGGCCAGCCCUAUUCGAAAUGCUCUCGAGAAGAGAGAGAUUGAGAAGCGAGAGAUGAAGACCGAGUGGGUCUACGAGGUUGUUACCGUCACUGUUGUUGCUGGCGAGGAGCCCGAAACCACGGCUCCUGCGGCCACAAAGCCCACUGGCGUUGUGUUCAUGGAAGCUCCUGCUCCCGAGUAUAAAGCUCCCUCAACCACCAAGGAGGCUGCGAAGCCCAAGAAGGUCAAGAAGCCUGCCAACAAGCCCUCCACCACCAAGGAGGCUCCCAAAGUUACGGUCGUUACUGUCGAGCCCCAGCCUGAGCCUACCAAGGAGAAGGUCUAUGAGUCUCCUGCCCCCGUUGUCGAGAAGCCCAAGACUACCGUUGAAAAGGUUGUCGCUAAGCCCACUGAGGUUGCCGAACCCAAGGUUGAGGUCCCUGCCAGCAGCGGUGAUGACCUCUCUCUGGAUGGUGCCUAUAACACUGUUAUGCUUGCCUACCACAACAUCCACCGCCUUAACCACUCUGCCACUGCCCUUGAAUGGGAUGAUGAGCUUGCAGGCUAUGCCGAGAACACUGCCAACGGUUGUGUUUUCGAGCACGACAUGAAGCAGGGCAAUGGCGGCUACGGCCAGAACCUCGCUUCUUGGGGUGCCACUAGCGACAUUGAUGGUCUCAAGAACAAGGCUGCUGCUGGUGGUAUUACCAACCAGUGGUACAACAACGAGAUGGGCAACUGGGCUUUCUACGGCCAGGAGAACCCUCCUGAGGAUAUGAACAUCGACCUCUACGGUCACUUCACUCAGGUUGUCUGGAAGGACUCCACCAAGGUCGGCUGCGCCACUGUCAAGUGCCCUGCCGGAACUGUUCUCAGCUUCCCCUCUUGGUACACCGUCUGCAACUACAACCCUCAGGGUAACUUUGGCGGCCGUUACGGCGACAACGUUCUUAAGCCCAAGGGCGAGAAGCGCGUUACUGUCUAA